AUGGCUGAUACAAUUGCUGCUGCUGUCUUCGAGAAACUGGCUUCACUCCUUCAGCAGCAAAUAGUCGAAGGGUGGACAGUGCUUGGAGGAGUUGAUGAAUCUGUCGAAAAGCUCAACAGAGAAUUCCAGGCCAUCAGAGCAGUGCUCGACGAUGUGGGGAUGCCGGAGUGCAUACCGGGCAAUGUUCUGAGAUAUCAGCUGCAAAAGCUUAGAGAAAUAUCCUAUGACAUAGAAGAUGUGUUAGAUGAGUGGAGCACAGGGAUGCAAAAAUUGCAAAUGCGGGAAGCUGAGGUAUUUCCCCUCAACCUUGUUUCUGAUUUUCUUUUGAGAAAUGCUCUACGUUAUGCUGUUUUUUCCAAGAUAGAAAACAUAAAUAAAGAGCUAGAUGAUGUUGCUUUAGCAAGAGAUAGGUCGAAUUUUACGAUGAUGAAUGGCCAACAAAGACCAGAAAGAUACAUAUCUUUCCCUUUUAUCGAUGUAUUAGAGGUUCAUGGAAGAGACCGAGAGCGUUGUAUGAUAGUAAAUUUAUUGUUGAGUGAGAGUAGUCAAGUAGAAAUAUCUUUACCAUUUCCAUAG